CGCCACACGCUGCGGUGAGCGACAUGGAAGGUCGGGCAAUCCUUCGCGUGGCGGUGGCGGCGUCCGGCAUGGUCACAGGACGCUCAUUUGUCACUUUCAUGGAGAAGCAUCCGACAUUGGAUGAAGAACUUAUGCGGAUUCGAAGCAACGAAGUUGAAACGCGCGCGCGGUGGAUCAAGGACGAGGACAAUUGGCGCAAGCUUCCGUCACGGGUAUGGCCGGUUUACCAUCCUGCAGAGACAGAACGAAAAUCGCUCGAGGCAAACACAAACGCAUUCUGUGGAUCGUCCUCUUCCAAGGACAACGAUGCCUGCCACCGCAACCGGUUUGACUUGGCCACGUUGUUAGUGUUCAACUCCAUCGACCCUGAAACUGGCUUCCGAAUGUAUGCCUUGCUGGCCGACGAAGGUUUCGUGGACGGCAUCGUGGCGGCCGGUGUGUGCCUUGUAGAAGGCUUUGGCGUCGACCAGGACUAUGUCCGUGGCGUGGAGUACUUGCAACGAGCCAGCCGACUUGGUCACCCGCAAGCAGACUACGAACUCGCAGUCCUUCAUUACACUGGCGCCGCUGCCCCUGCGCUACCUGCCAGUGAUGAGUUGGCUUUUGCUCUCUUCGAACGCGCAAUGAACCAAGGAAAGUUUUCGUACGCUACUUACAUGGUGGCCGAUAUGCUGCUGGACCAACCCAACCCAGAAAACUAUGGCCGUGCGCUGCGCUUGAUGUACGAAGCUGCUGAAAACGGACACCGAUAUGCGCGCCAAGAAGUGCUUCGUUUUCUCAACGGGCGGCACAAGGCACAAUUGAGUUGCUAGUGCUCUUGCAACCAAUCACAUCACUACCUCUCACGACAUUGACACCGUGGCGCAGUCGAAAUUGCAACAAGUUGGUGUGAUCUAGCACCCACGACGUCGCGGGGUGGCAGCAUCGCCGCCAACAUCCAGCAUGUCCGUGCGAAUGCCGAUGGUUCGAACAACCGGCCGACGUCGCCGGCCGUUCUUCCCAGGAUCCGAUAGUUAAUCCCAAUGAAUUUGUUUAAAAUGAAUACUAGUAUACAAUUUAUAUGUUGGAAA